AUGGAGGUGCCGAACGUCAAGGACUUCCAGUGGAAGCGCCUGGCGCCACUGCCCAGCAGUCGGGUCUACUGCUCCCUGCUGGAGACCGGGGGACAGGUCUAUGCCAUCGGGGGAUGUGACGACAACGGCGUCCCCAUGGACUGCUUCGAGGUCUACUCCCCCGAGGCCGACCAGUGGACCGCUCUGCCCCCGCUGCCCACAGCCCGGGCCGGAGUGGCUGUCACCGCCCUGGGGAAGCGGAUCAUGGUGAUCGGGGGUGUGGGCACCAAUCAGCUACCCCUGAAGGUCGUGGAGAUGUACAACAUCGAUGAGGGCAAGUGGAAGAAGAGGAGCGUGCUGCGUGAGGCCGCCAUGGGCAUUUCUGUCACGGCCAAAGAUUACCGAGUAUACGCAGCAGGUGGGAUGGGCCUGGACCUCCGUCCACACAACCACCUCCAACACUAUGACAUGCUCAAGGACAUGUGGGUGUCGCUAGCACCGAUGCCCACCCCAAGAUAUGCGGCCACCUCCUUCCUCCGAGGCUCCAAGAUCUAUGUGCUGGGGGGACGACAGUCCAAGUAUGCGGUCAACGCCUUCGAGGUCUUUGACAUUGAGACUCGCUCCUGGACCAAGUUCCCCAACAUUCCCUGUAAGCGGGCCUUCUCCAGCUUUGUGACCCUGGACAACUGUUUAUACAGCCUGGGAGGCCUGCGGCAGGGUCGGCUCUACCGGCAGCCCAAGUUCCUGAGGACGAUGGACGUGUUUGACAUGGAGCAGGGGGGAUGGCUGAAGAUGGAACGCUCGUUCUUCCUCAAGAAGCAGCGGGCAGACUUUGUGGCAGGCUCUCUGAGUGGACGGGUCAUAGUAGCCGGGGGACUGGGGAACCAACCCACUGUCCUGGAGACGGCAGAAGCAUUCCACCCGGCGAAGAACAAAUGGGAGGUCCUCCCUGCCAUGCCCACGCCCCGCUGUGCCUGCUCCAGCAUUGUCGUCAAGAACUGUCUCCUGGCCGUGGGGGGCGUCAACCAGGGUCUGAGUGAUGCGGUGGAAGCCCUGUGUGUCUCUGACUCCUAGCUGUCCCUGGGCCCAGCACCUUUGCCCUGGACUA